AUGGACCCCGGGGGUUUGAUCCCGGCCGGCCUCUUCCUCGCUCUCUACGCUUGUGUGUGCGUCGUCGCUGGAAGUCCUGUCGGCGACGUGGAGCUGGUGGGCGGGAUCACGAGCGGCGUGAAGCUGGUUUCCUUCAUCUUCCCCGAGCACCUGCAGUACCUGGAGCUGAGCUUCACGCCGGGAGAAGCCAGCGCGACGGUUCGCACCAAGAAGCCGCUGGACGCGGACUCGCUGGCCUACAGUGACAGCACCUUGUAUUACUCCCUCAUGUGCGACGGCUUAAUUAAGUACAACAACACUCGGACACUGAAAAUCUUGGACGUCAAUAACAAAAGCCCGAUAUUUUCACAAGAGAGCUACAGCGCUGACGUCUCUGAGACACAAACAGUGGAGAGCGAGGUUAUCCGAGUGAGUGCUGUGGACGGAGACAGCACCCCAGCCAACAACAGAGUGAUAUAUUCCAUGGCUCCAGCUUCAGAGGACUUCGCGCUGAACAACGUGGGGGCUUUUAUUUUGAAGAGACCUUUGAACUACAAUAUAGCCCAAAAGUACAACUUCAUCGUGACAGCCACGGACCCCAUGGGGUUGAGUGCCACAGCCACCGUGCAGAUUAAUGUCGUCGACUUCGAUAACUUGAAUCCGUAUUUCAGCCACAACUCGUACCGGGCCUUUAUUCCAGAGAAUCAAGUCGGGUCUUUCCGGACGAUUGAGCCAGAGGUAAUAAAAGCUCAGGACGGAGACACAGGGAUCAAUAUGACUUUAACGUACAGCAUCAGUGCAGACAAGUAUCGGAGUAACUUCAACAUGGACUCCAGCAGUGGAGUUGUGUCUUUGCUGACGGCUCUGGACAGAGAGGAGAGCAGCCUGAUCUCCGUCAACAUCAAGGUGGCCCAGACCGACAACAGCUUGAAGACGGCGGACGCCGUGGUGUCGGUCACGGUCGAGGAUGUGAACGAUAACCCUCCGCAGUUUGACCAGCCCGGCUAUUACGUAACACUUCGAGAAAACUCGCCACUCGGCGACGCCGUGUUAAAAGCCUCCGUCACCGACCGGGACCAGGCAGGAUUUGUGGGAACUUUGCGGAUCCUUCCAGAAUCUUCUCCUUUCUCCAUCGAUUCAGACGGGACGGUCAGAGUGAAGGACUCCUCCGCUCUGGACAGGGAGGCCACUGACGGCUUCACAUUUCAGAUUGAAGCGAGGGAGGCGGACAUCCCCAACGCUGUUAAAGAGGUGGAAGUCAACGUAACUCUUCUGGAUGAGAACGACAACAGUCCGGCGUUCACCAGUAACGCGUACAAGGGAAAAGUGUUUGCCAAUCAAACAGUGGGAAUGCAGCUGGUCCAGGUGAAGGCAGACGAUCCCGAUGCCGGCGAGAAUGGGCAGGUCAAAUACUCUCUCGACUUCGGCAACAAUGAAGGCUUCUUCUCCAUUGACGAAAACAGUGGCGACAUCACGCUACUUAAGAUCAUUCCUCUGCUGCAGGACGAGAUAUCCCAGUUCCCUCUCUACAUCACAGCCAGAGACGGGGGCACUGUAUCCCGCUCCUCCUCGACACAGGUGAACAUUUUGGCCCCCGGUGACUCAAAUCCUCAGUUUUUACACACAGUGUACCGUGGAACUUUAGAAGAAGAGCAGGACCCAGGAGUUGUGAUUGUGAGGGUUGACUUCCUCCCAUUAGCUGCCGAGGUUCCAGUGACUCUCCGAGUUGAUACAGAAGCCGACAAGUUUGUCAUCUCCAACACCGGUGAACUCUCCACUAAAGUGAAGCUGGACUACGAUGAGGCUCCACACAACUACUCCGUGGCGAUCUCCAUCACCGACGGGGUCAACAGCAACUCCGCCGUCGUGGAGGUUGGAGUCACUGACGUCAACGACAACAGUCCUGUUUUUACCCCCAGUUCUGUGAUUAAGUCAGUCCCAGAGGACGCAGAGGUCGGGUCCAAUGUUACCGUCGUUCCAGCUACAGACAAAGACAGCAACUUCAACAAGGAGCUCAGAUACUCCCUGAGAGGAGGGGGGGGGAGGUUCUCUGCUGACCCCGUGUCUGGGAUGGUGAGUGUGGCCGGUGCACUCGAUAGGGAGACGAAGGCCGAGUACACCCUGCUGGUGGUGGCUGAGGAUCAGGGUCGUCCAUCCAGGUCGGCCACAGCCUCCCUGCUGGUCCGAGUGUCCGACAUCAACGACAACGUCCCCGAGUUCUCAGAGGCCGAGUAUCAGGUGGAAGUCUUAGAGACGGACUUGGCCGGUACGAUCCUUCGCACCUUAUCGGCCGUCGACCCCGAUGAAGAAGCCAAUGGGAGAGUGACUUACAGUAUCUUCCAGCAAAGUCCCUCCUCAGACCCUCCUGUCUUUGAGUUGGACUCCUCCAGCGGGACUCUGCGGCUGGCCCGGCCUCUGGACUACAGCCAGGUGAGGGUGUACAGUCUCAAGGUGCAGGCCUCCGAUGGGGGGACUCCCUCCCUGGUGGGGAAUGGCUCCGUGGUGGUGAAGGUGAAGGACGUGAACAACAACCCGCCUGAGUUCAGUGAGGAAAUCUACCACGUGGCCGUCACUGAGAACCUGGCCAGCGGUGCCUCCAUCCUGACCCUGAAGGUCACAGACAGGGAUGAGGGCGGAUUCUCCGACGGCUACUUCCUCUUCACCAACGACACCUUCGACAUCAACAAAGACGGCGUGGUCUCCCUGAGGGCCGACGCCACCUUGGACCGAGAGACGAAGGACCGCUACGAGCUGCAGGUCGUGGCGGUGGAUCGACACCCCGGCGGUCUGAGUUCCACGGCCCAGCUCAACGUCACCGUCCUGGACUACAACGACAACGCUCCGCAGCUCCCGGGCAUCCCGGACCCGCUCCGGAUCCCCGAGGGCGACUACUCGGAGGCGUCUCCGGGAGACGUGUUCACCUUCGUGCCCACGGACGCCGACCUCGGCGCCAACGGAGAGGUCACGCUCUCCCUGCUGCCCCCUCACCCGCUCUUCAGGUUCAGAGAGGACGGGACGCUGCAGGCCGUCGGCCCUCUGGACCGAGAGAGAAGGGAAACGUACGAGCUGGUCAUGAAGGCAUCGGACAAAGGCCGCCCGCAGCGAGAGACCGUGACCUCCGUCACCGUGAGCCUCGAGGAUCUGAACGACAACAGACCCCAGUUCAGCUCCGGCAGCUUCGUGGGCAGCGUCCUGCUGAAGGACGCCGAGGACGGGAAGCUGCUGCUGACGCUGAGCGCCGCCGACCGCGACGCCGGGAACAACUCGCUCAUCGCCUACAGUUUCUGUGAGGGCGGUUCUCCGUAUUUGGCCCUAAACAGCGAGACCGGGGCCGUGACCUUGACCUCUGACCUUGCCGAGGUCACAGAGGACACCACUCUGGUGCUGACAGCCAUGGCCCGAGACCACGGCCGGCCUCCUCUGAACUCCACAGCUCGCGUCGUGGUCAAUCUGAGGGUCGUCAGUCUGCUGGAGGGCGUGGCCUUCCGUAGCUCCUCCUACAACUUCAGCGUCCCUGAGAACCGGCCGCCGGGGGCGUCCGUGGGGGGGGUCUGGGCCUCCUCGGGAAGCGUCCUCUACGACGUGGCCUACGCGCUGAAGACGCACGCCGACCGGUUCUCCGUCAACGCCAGCGGAGCCGUGCUCGCCACGCGCCCGCUGGACAAAGAAGAGCAGGAGUGGUACAUCCUGGACGUGGAAGCGGUGGACACUAGGACCCCCCCGACGUCAGCCACUGCAAUGGUCAGAGUUCAGGUGGAGGACGUGAACGAGUCUCCAAGUUUUCUCCACGAGGGGUACAAGACCUCUGUGGUCAGCAUCGCCCCGUUUAAAACCACCGUCGCCCAAGUCAAGGCUUCGGACCCUGACGUGGGGCACGCGGGGCAGCUGGUCUACGGUCUGGCUGCAGACAGCGCUCACUUUGACGUGGACCCGUCCUCGGGCCGGCUGUACGUGGUGUCGGUGGCGGCGCUGGCCGGACAGGUGGUCACGCUGCAGGUGACGGCCUCAGACCCCGGAGGGCUUCACGCCGCGACCAAUGUGCAGGUGGAAGUGCAGGGCGCGAGCGCGGUGGACGUGGUGCUCAUCUCCCUCAACCAGCCGGCCAACGUCGUGGAGAAGAAAGUGCUCCAGUUGGAGAAUUCUUUGGGGGCGGCUCUGGGCUGGACGGUGACCGUCAUCGAGGUGUCGAACGGCGGAUCCUCCGAGGCCAGAGCGCCGCGGGCCGUCGCCAAGACGACGGUCGGCUUCAUCGCCGAAGACCGAGGAGACGUCGUUUCCUCCGAAGAGGUCACGGCCAAGCUGCAGAGCCAAUCGGCCGCCGUGAGGGCGGAGCUUGUCAACGUGUUUGGGGAGGGGCUUCAAUUUGAGGUGGAGUUGAAGCCUCAAAGCCCCGCCUCCAGCCAGGCCGCGGUCAUCGCCCUGGGCACCAUGUUGGCCCUGAGCAUGCUGGGAUUGAUGGUCGCCGUGGGCUUCAUCGUCAGGUUCCACAGGAAGCAGAAGCCUCAGGAUUCGGACAAAGAGAGCUUCAACAUCGACCGCCCUGCUGAAGGUUUGAGCCGCUGGUCUCAGGACGAUCUCAACACCUUCAAACAGGGCGGCGGCGCGGUGGACGAGCGGACGGGCGGCGCGGUGGGAUUCAAACAGACGGAGGACAGCGACACGUCUCCCCUCUGAUCGGAAACACACACAACGAGCAGACCGGCACAGAAAUAAUCACAAAUAAAUUAUUAAAUAAUUAUUGAUAUGAAGUCGAAUCAGCGUUGAGAUGGAAGACGAGAUGGUUCUCCGUUCUCGGGUUCUAACGAGGUCGAAUCUUUGGUUCCUUUAAGCUGCUGGAAGUACGAUUUUAUUUAUUUCCUCCAUUUGGCCACUUCGAUGUGAAUCUUUAAAAAAAACACUCCUAAACAUCUAUUUGUAAAUCAAUUUCUUCCAUUUGGUUAAUAUAUAGCUUUAACACAACCAGAGGCGUUGCCCCCUGGUGGUCAGUAGAGAGAAUGCAGCUUUAACACAACCAGAGGCGUCGCCCCCUGGUGGUCAGUAGAGAGAAUGCAGCUUUAACACAACCAGAGGCGUCGCCCCCUGGUGGUCAGGAGAGAGAAUGCAACGUUAUUUCUGCUCAUGUUCAAACACAAUGACACUUUAUUAGAGAAACGCUGAUUUAUUAAGGAAACGGGGUGAAACGCUCCGGCUGUGCUUCAGUUUUUUUUUUUUUUU